UGUAGGUGGUGGAUGCUCAGCAGCAGCCCCGUCAUCAUCCCAUCGUAAAUAAAUGAGUCAACAUGGCCGCGGAGCAGCUCGCCCUGUAUCACCGCUGAGACUCCGAAUAAAACACACAGAUUAAAUGGCGUUCAUGUCCCGGUUCUCCCGGUCCCGGAGCAGCUCCAGGUCGCCGAACCGAAAAGACUCGGAGCGCGUGUCCCCGACCCUGACCGUGUCCGAGCUCGAGAGACUCCUGUGCACGGGCAAAACUGCCUGUAACCAUGCCGACGAAGUGUGGCCACGACUCUAUAUUGGAGAUCAAGAUAUCGCAUCAGACCGACGUGAGCUGGCCAAACUCGGCAUUACGCACAUCCUCAACUGUGCCCAGAGCAAGUGGCGCAGCGGGGCCGAGUAUUACUCCGGCAUGAACAUCACCUACCACGGCAUCGAGGCUCACGACUCCCCCUCCUUCGACAUGAGCGUCAACUUCUACCCGGCUGCCGAGUUCAUCCACAAAGCCCUCACGGGUGGAGGUAAGGUGCUGGUCCACUGCACCGUGGGAGUGAGCCGCUCCGCCACCCUGGUGCUGGCCUACCUGAUGAUCAGGCAGAACCUGACCCUGGUCGAGGCCAUCAAGACGGUGAAGGACCACCGGGGCGUCAUCCCCAACCGGGGCUUCCUCCGCCAGCUCAACGGCCUGGACGGCAUCCUGAGAGAGAGCCUGACUGUUAGCUGUCCCAAAUGGGACUCCAAGGGAUCCAUGAGAGGACCACGCCAGCACAUGAAGCAUUUAGAGAAGACGUGCAGCGGGAGACAUUACCACAAAUGUGCCAUCGCAAAAGCUAACAACUGCCCGGACGUCAGGAAGAGCGCCCCGUAUUCAGCGCUGCACGCAGGUCUCGCAAAGUCCGCUCUCUGGUCUCGGUGUUCAGUGAGGCUUGUGUUCUCGUGCUAAUGAAAAACAACAGAAGAUCCGACGCUGGAUCUCAAACCAGCCCCUCCUGUGUGUUUUUAACGAUUACCUCAAGUUAGAAGCAUGUUGUUUUUGGGACUCGUGUCUUCGUCUGUGCUGAUUUUAACACCGUGAUAAAGGACAGGAGACGGGGAAAAGAGUUGUAAAUAAAAAGCUGAAUAUUGGAUCUGUACAGUCUGGGGAGAUUUAAAAGGUAUAGCUGAAUAUUUUGUGGAAAUAAGCUCAUUAAUCUUCCUGCCGAAAGUUAGGUGAGAAGAGCAAUUAACAGUCUUACGUCUGUGUGCUAAGUAUGGAGUUGAGGCAGGAGGCCAUUAGCUCAGCUUAGCUUAGCUUAGCAUAAAGACUGAAAGCAGAUGGAAACAGCUAGCCUAUCUCUGCCCAGAGUUCAAAAGUUAGUUUCUCUCUGCACACUGACAUGCGAGUGGGAUUGAUCUUAUCAACUAAUUCUCACCAAGAAUGCAAAUACCUCCCAAAAUGUCAAAACUAGUCCUUGGAACUACAAUGAGUUUGUUUGCAUUGUGUGUUAAAGUGCUCAUAUUAUGCUCAUCAUUGUAUUUAGAGGUUGUACCAGAAGAGGUUUAUGUGGUUUC